AUGGGUGAACCUGGCUUCAUCACUGGAUUUGCUGGUUAUGCCAUUCGGCAGGCUUGGGAUCAGAUAAUCCAUCACAUCAACAUUGCCAUCCGAUGCAAGAAAGAGUUGGAUGCCCUCAAACUUCUGUUUCCCAGAAUUCAAGCAAUGAAUGUGGAAUUGCAGGAGUAUCGAAAAGCUUUGAACUCUGGCAAAAUGAGUACGUCACCUCACCAUCCUUUGCCCUCCACAGUCAACAGCUGGUUGAACGAAUUGAAUGUCCUUCUGGAGGAAGCAUCUGAUUUGGCCCAACACUGCACUGUACGCUCAUACUUUCAUCUCUUUUCUCGUUACAGAACGAGCAGAAAGAUCAGGCACCUCUUUGACAAUAUAGAAAAGCAUAUAGCCUCCACGCCUUCCAUUUCUUUUCUGCACCAACUGCAGCAGCAUGUCGCGAAUGGGCAAGUGCUUGAGCAGAUUAAAGAGAGAUUGGAUUAUCUUAAUCAUAGUACUUCAGCAAUGGCCAGCGCAUCUGGAGAUGUCUUUCCAUCCAUUUAUUCGGCCACUUCCAACAAGAAGUAUAUUGAGGAGGCAGUCAUUGUGGGACAGGAUUCUGAAUCAAACAGACUUAUGGAGCUGAUCGAUUCACAGCAGCACAAAAAUGUGUCUCGUUUAGGACUACUUGGGAAGGGUGGGGCCGGUAAGACUCUGUUACUCAAACGAGUCUUCAACAGCGACCAGGUACAAAGUCUCUUUCGCAAUGAUUCGAUGAUUUGGCUUACUGUUUCACAGAAUCCAUCUUUCAAUACUCUCCGAGAUGAUCUUGUGAAACAAAUAACUGUUCAAGUAAAUGAAAGAUUGGACAGUAGAGAGGAAGACCAUGUGAAAAUCUGGUUGAAUGAAUGCAUGAGAAAGCACAAAUUUGCCCUAUUUUUAGAUGAUAUUUGGGAAACAAGUGCUGCCUCGCUGUUAGAGGAGCUGUGUGUGCCUCACUCUCCACACCACAAGUCUAACAUCAUCAUUGCCACAUCCAGAAAUAGUAGUGUGCUCUCACAGUUGGGUGUCCGGCCUUCAUCACUCAUCGAAAUGCAAGAUUUGACUGAGGAUGACGGUUGGAGAUUGUUUUCUUUCUAUGCUUUUCCACACAGCGAUGGAAUUUUGCCGGUGAGCAUUGACCACGAAAUAGCGACGACUGUCUGCAAGGAGUGUGGGGGCCUUCCGUUAGCCAUCAAAGUAAUUGGGAAGGCAAUGGUAAGCGUCACUCUGUCAAAUGAAUGGGAAUUGGCGGUCAAGAAGUUGCAGAAUGAUGUUACACGCUCUCUUUAUGGCAGGUUGAGGCUAAGCUACGAUGCUUUGGCCGACGUGGCUGGCUAUGGCAUUUCCUUGCAGUUGUGCUUCCUCUGCCUUGCUGCUUUCUCAAAAGGUCAUGUCAUCUAUGCUAAUGAUGCUAUUGACUACUGGAUUGGAGAAGGGUUGGUGGCCGGGAGGGAUCCUCUUCAAAUCGGAGACACAUACGUCAUUCUGUUAGCGGAUCGAAGCCUUAUUGAACCAAUCCAGAAGGAUUAUGACGGAAAUGUAAUCUGCUUCACGGUACAUGAUGUUCUACAUGACUUAGCACAACAAAUUGCUGAGAAGGAAGAAAAAUGCUUCUUGCAGGCAAGCAAAGGCUUACAGGAGUUUCCUAUGGUCGAUUGUGCAGGACAUAUGAGAAUUUCUUUAGAAGACAACAGAUUGACUAGGGUUCCUAAAGAAUUCCAAGCUCCUUAUAUCCGCUCCUUGCUACUCUCUUCCAAUCCUUCUUUGACGGAAAUUCCAAAAGAAGUGAUUGGGACUAUGACCGCUCUCAGGGUCCUGGAUUUGUCACGGACUGCCCUCCAGUCGUUGUCAAAAAACAUAGGAUGUUUGAAGCGUUUAGUUUACCUCGGGUUAUCCUUUGUGCCACUUAAGAGACUGCCUAACUCUGUCACUGCUCUUAAAAACCUCCAAAUAUUAGAUCUUUAUCGAUCCGAUAUUAGACAACUCCCGUCGGGCAUUUCUAAGUUGACUUCUCUACAACUGUUGGACUGGAACAAGUGCAGGAGGGAUCGGCUUCCAAUUAGUGAUUUGGGCACCCUAAACAAACUGAAAAGGUUGGGGCUUCAUAAUAAUGGCGAGAUAAUUCAGAAAGGAAUGUUGGGAACCAUGAAGCAGGGGGGAUUUUCUAAGUUGGAGGUAUUUUCAGUGGUGAAGCUGAGGAAGCUGGAGCAGCUGCCAAUAGUGGAAGAAGGAGCACUGCCUUCACUUAAAACAUUGACAAUAAUGAACUGUGAGGCAUUGCAGAGGCUACCACAGUGUUAUUGGAAUUUGAAGAGUGUAGAGAAGGUAAGAGUGUAUGGUUGUUCAAAGGUUCUAUUUGUGAUGGCAGAGGAAGAAAAUUUUAUCAAGACAAAGAUUAAGGUGCAAACAAUAACAUUAUCUAUGAUAGAAACUCAAACAUCAAAAGAGCGCUACCAUGAUAUUCUUCAGCAGGGUGAACAUUUUUAUUACGGUGAAUUUUGGUGUAGUGAGAUGUUUCAGCUUUUUGCUGGCAUUAAUCGAUUUUAUUUGUUCUGA